GGCGGGGGUGAUGCCCUCGGUGAUGGAGAAACCGAGCGCGGGCUCCGGGAUCCUGUCCCGCAGCCGGGCCAAGACGGCGCCCAACGGCGGACAGCCGCACUCGGAGGAUGACAGCAGCGAGGAGGAGCACUCGCACGACAGCAUGAUCCGCGUUGGAACCAAUUACCAGGCCGUAAUUCCGGAGUGCAAGCCUGAGAGCCCCGCACGCUACAGUAACAAGGAGCUGAAGGGGAUGUUGGUGUGGUCCCCCAACCACUGUGUGUCAGAUGCCAAGCUUGACAAGUACAUUGCGAUGGCCAAGGAGAAGCACGGUUACAACAUCGAGCAGGCACUGGGCAUGCUCCUGUGGCAUAAACACGACGUAGAGAAGUCGCUGGCUGACCUGGCCAACUUCACCCCAUUCCCGGAUGAGUGGACGGUAGAGGACAAAGUGCUGUUUGAACAGGCCUUUGGCUUCCAUGGCAAGUGCUUUCAGCGGAUCCAGCAGAUGCUGCCUGACAAGCUGAUUCCCAGCCUGGUGAAGUAUUACUACUCUUGGAAGAAGACCCGCAGCCGGACCAGUGUGAUGGACAGACAGGCUCGGCGGCUUGGGGGCCGAAAGGACAAGGAAGACAGCGAUGAGCUUGAAGAGGGACGAGGAGCCGUGAGUGAGGGGGAGCCGGACGCUGGAGACCCCAAGAGAGAGCCUCUGCCCUCUCGGCCCCUGAAUGCCCGCCCGGGCCCAGGAAAGAAGGAGGCCCAGGGCUCCCAGUACCGCCAUCAUCCGCUGAGAACUCGGAGGCGCCCGCCCAAAGGCAUGUACCUGAGCCCCGAGGGCCUCACCGCAGUGUCGGGGAGCCCGGACCUUGCCAACCUCACGCUUCGAGGUCUUGACUCCCAGCUCAUCUCCCUCAAGCGCCAGGUGCAAAGCAUGAAGCAGACCAAUAGCAGCCUCCGCCAAGCCCUGGAGGGCGGCAUUGAUCCACUCCGCCCCCCUGAGGCCAAUACCAAGUUCAACUCCCGCUGGACCACGGAUGAGCAGCUCUUGGCUGUACAAGCCAUCCGUAGGUAUGGCAAAGACUUUGGGGCUAUUGCAGAGGUGAUUGGGAACAAGACUCUGACCCAGGUGAAGACCUUCUUUGUGAGCUACCGGCGCCGCUUCAAUCUGGAGGAGGUGCUGCAGGAGUGGGAGGCCGAGCAGGAUGGGGCCCCUGGAGCCCCGGUCCCCAUGGAGGAGGCUAGGAGAGGGGCUCCCUUGCCAGCCCCAGCCCUAGAGGAAGAUGAUGAGGUCCAGAUUACAUCCGUCUCCACGUCGGGACCCCGAUCGGGGCCCCCUGCGCCGCCCCCUCCUCCACCCCCCGCCUCGCUGUCCCAGCCGCCCCCACUGCUGAGGCCACCCUUGCCCACGGCCCCCACCCUGCUUCGCCAGCCACCCCCACUCCAGCAGGGCCGUUUCCUUCAGCCCCGGCUGGCCCCCAACCAGCCGCCGCCACCUCUCAUCCGCCCUGCCCUGGCUGCCUCCCGCCACAGUGCCCGCCCUGGCCCUCAGCCCCCACCCACCCUGAUUGGAGCCCCUCUGGAGCCUCCAGCACCCUCGCUCUGAGCCCUGAGGCUCUCCACCAACCAGAGGCUCCAGAACCCCUCGGCAGGGCAUCCUUGGGGACCUCCGGCUUCACCAAGGACAGAAGGGACUAGAGCUCGCGCCAGGUCUUUUGAGGACCUGGAGCUGCUGCGAUGGGCACAGCUGGCCCUGUGGGUUCUGCACAUUGUUUCUGGUGGCCAAGCCCGGCCAGGGUCUGGGGCUUUGUGAGCUGGCCUGAGGGUACUUUCUUUUCCUGGCUGGGACUGGAAUGGCUGCCUCCUAGGCUGCCAGGGCUUGGCCUUUGGUCCUGCCCUUCGUGUGUAGGGGGUAGUGACCAUAGUGUGGGGGCUGGGGGUGAGGACAGUUUAAGGUGUUGGCUGUUCUUCCUCUUUCCCUUCUUGUAGCAAUAAGUCUGGGUGAGGUGGGGAGGGCGCUGGAGGGGGAGGUGGGCAGAGAGGUCCCCUGGGGCCAGAGAGGUAGCUCUCCUGUCUUCAGGGGCCGGGUGGGGAGUGCUGAGGAGCUCUGAGGGUGCCCCCCUUGCCCACGAACCUAGAGAAAGGAGGGUUGGGAACAUAUGCAGACAUGGGUUUAUUUUUCAAUGUUUUUUUAAAAAUAAAACCUUCAAGCUCA